CCCUUUUCCCCUCAUGAAUACCAUAAUGAAUCUUAGAGAAGCUCGUGCAACUUUUUCUGAAAUAUAAACGCGACGUCAAAAACCUAAAAAACGCAAUCAUGCCUGGAAAGAAGAAGAAGUUUAUAGACAAGAAGAAUGCAGUGACAUUCAGUUUAGUUCAUAGGAGUCAACGGGACCCUCUUCAAGCUGAUGAUGAGAGUUCCAAGUUUGUUUUGCAUCAAGUGGAUACUCCUAAACAGGGUAAGCAAGACCAUUUUGAAGAACAACAUAAGUUUGGGAUCUACUAUGAAGAUGAUUAUGAUUACAUGCAGCAUCUUCGUGAACCAAACGCUCAGGAUCUUUCAUGGGAGCUUAGUCAGCAUCCAGCAACGUCAUCUAAACCAAAGAAGAAUGUUCAUUUUGAAGUGGAAGACAUGUCUGAUAAACCCAAGCUUCAACUCCCAGCUGCUGUGUUUCAAUCUGAGCAAGAAGAAGACAUAGGACUCCUCAAUAGAGCAGCACCGAUCUCGGGUCCAAGACUUGAUCUCGACCCUGAUAUCGUUGCUGCCAUGGACGAUGACUUCGAUUUUGAUGAUCCCGACAAUGAACUCGAUGAUGACUUUAUGAUGUUUGCGCAGGGUAACAAACCAAUUACAGGAUCUGGAGAUGAGUACAGUGACGAUGAUGAUGAUGAUGAUGAAGACGAGGAAGAGGAGAGUGGAGAGGACUAUGACAGCGAUGAUCUUGAUGAUGACAUGGACCAGCGAUCUUUUGCGUCAGAAGAAACUAAAUCUAGAUUUACCAACUACUCACUCACAUCAUCAGUUAUCAAGAGAAAUGAAGGAUUGACUCUGCUUGAUGACAGAUUUGAGAAGAUCUAUGAGGAGUAUGACGAUAUGGAGAUAGGUGCCUUGGAUCAGGAUGAGAUAGAAGGUCACAUGCAAGAAGAAAGUCUGGUUCUACAACAAGCUAUGAAAGCUUUUGAAGAAGACACUAAAUUCAGAACAAUGAAUGAAAUGGAGACACCGAAGAGCGAGCACCAUAAGGAAUGUGAUGAAGAGGAGGACGACGAGGAGGAAGAGGAGAAAGAAGAGAAAAUCAAUGUGUACAUUGAGGACAAGAAGGAAGAAUGGGAUUGUGAAUCGAUAUUAAGUACAUACUCAACUCUGUACAAUCAUCCAACCACUAUCAAAGAACCACUCAAACAAAAGAAGAAAAGGCAGCAGGAAAGCAAUUUGGAUGAGAAAAAUCAAAUCAAGUUAUCUCAGAAAUCAGGUAUGCCCCUUCAUGUACUGCCCUCGCAUGGUCCAACAAAGAAACAGCUCGAGAGGGAGGAAUUUGAAGAAAACCGUCUACCUGUUGUGACGACGAGAAGAGUGAAAGGAGUAAAGGAAUCUGCGGAGGAAAAGAAAGAAAGAAAGCAAGCUGUAAAACUAGCGAGAAAGGAAAGGAGGGUAGAAAAGAAAGCCAACCAGCAAGUGUUCAAGGAUGAGGAGAAACGUCAGAAUAAAGUCAUUCAGAACCUUAAUCAGAAUAUGCAAGGAAUCAAGAUCUUAUAGCAUCAACUCCUAUAGCCGAACAAUCAAGGAUGUAGACCUUGUACUCUGCAACAUGGUGAACUGUCGCUGGGGAUCGUGUUCAUAAUACAAUAAUUGUACGCAUCCGCUUCAGUAUUAAGAACAUGCAAGGAACCAAGAUCUUCAUCAAUUCCUCAAGCCAAACAGUUAAGGAUCUACAUGUAGACCCUGCGACAAGGUGAACUGUCACUGGGGAUUGUGAUCGUAAUACUAUGAUGGUACGCAUCUGCUUCAGUGAGAUCAUGCAAAGAAUCAAGGUCUUAUUACAUCAACUUCUACAGAAGAAGAGCCACCCAUGCAUACCUUGUCUUUGGCAAUUAGAUGAACUGUACACCUGGAGAUCGUGAUCAUAAUACAACGAUCUGCUUAAAGCCCCUUUCACAAUUGGUGUUGAGACUGCAUACAACCGUUGCGAUUCCACGCAACAUAUAUUGUGACUAAAUGAUUGCAAACGAUCGCACAAGCAAUUGUGAAAGCCCCUUAAAAUAGAACAUGCAAGGAAACAAGAUCUUAUGUCAUCA